CAGAACAAGGCGCAUGCGCACUAGGUCUUUUUUUUUAGCUGUGACCGUGAGGCUGUUAGGUCUGUACAUGUUAAAUUAAUCUGAAAUAAAAUACCGCAUAUAAUGUCAUUAUCGGGUUUACUUCAGUUUGUCGGACGCUCUCUGCAGCGUCUGGAACUCCGUUUAGCGCAAGCAGCGGGUUUUGACAGCGUCGGUCCAGCUCUGGCAGUAAAUGGUCCCCAGAUUCUUCCUCAAUCCCAUCACAGCAGUGAUGAAGAAAACUCUGAGCCCAGUUUCUUGGACAGUAUCUUUUGGAUGGCAGCUCCUAAAAAGAGAAGAACCAUUGAAGUAAAUCGUUGCAGAAGACGACACCCAAAUAAACUGAUAAAAGUCAAGUACAACAUUGAGCCAUGUCCAGAGUGUGGCAACAUGAAACUGAAGCAUACUCUGUGUGGAUUCUGCUAUGAAAAAGUCAGGAAGGAGACAGCAAUGAUACGAAAGCAAAUCUCCAUCAUGGAAGGCAGACCUCUCAACACUCCUGCUGUAGAGUCUGUUGUUUUGUAUGAAAAUGAAACGCCCUCUGAAGCAGAUAAGGACAAGAGAAUUGUAGAACGCAACAGGAAACGCCCUUAUUGGUUUAACAUGUAACUGCAGUAAAUAAAGACUUUUGUUAAAUAAAGAUCACAGUUUCAUAUUCAUGAAAUAUUUUGUGAAUGCGCUUAGCAUUUUAAUUGAUCAGUUAUCAUUUUUUAUA